AUGGCCGGGCCGGGCCCCCCCGGGCCCCGCCGCGGCUCGGCCUCGGGCUGGGGGCUGCGCCUCGCCCUCCUGGGGGUGCUGCUGGGGCUGCCCCCGCGGGGCCGGGCGGGGCCGGCAGGGUCCCUGUCCCAUGGAGAGAGGGUCACCCCCCACUGGCUGCUGGGGGGCCGUGCCCGCAGGGCUGUCAGCCUGCAGGAGCAGGUGGGGGCUCCUGCCCGGGCAGAGGUGGCUGUGACAGCUGAGGGCAGAGAGCUGGUGCUGGUGCUGGAGAGGAACCAGCUGCUGGCUCCGGGCUACACGGAGACGCACUACAGCGAGCAGGGCCAGCCCGUGACGGUCACCCCCAACCACACGGAGCACUGCCACUACCAUGGGCACGUCCGCGGCCACCGCCACUCCUGGGUCGUGCUCAGCACCUGCUCAGGAAUACGGGGCCUCAUAGUGCUGAGCAGCAACACCAGCUACUACCUGAGACCCCUGGGGCCCCCCGAGCCCGGCCUGCACCUCCUCCAGCGAGCAGAGCACCUGCCCGUGCCAGGGGGCACCUGCGGGCAUGGCCAGCACCUGGCGAGCACCGUGGCUGGCAUGGCCCGGCUCUUCCAGCCACGGCACACACGGGCCAGGAGGGAUGCCUGGAGGACCAUGAAGUACAUGGAGCUCUUCAUCGUUGCUGAUCACACCCUGUACAGGAACCAGAACCGCAACCUGGGCCACACCAAGCAGCGCAUCGUGGAGAUCGCAAACUACGUGGACAAGUUUUACAGGCUGCUGAACAUCAAGGUGGCCCUGAUUGGGCUGGAGGUGUGGACGGAGCGGGACCAGUGCGCAGUGAGCAGCGACGCCAACGCCACGCUCUGGGCCUUCCUGCAGUGGAAGAAAUCGCUGAGGGCGCGCAAGAAGCACGACAACGCCCAGCUGCUGACAGGGAAGACCUUCGGGGGCACCACCAUCGGGAUGGCCCCGCUGGAGGGGAUGUGCAGCGCCGACAACUCCGGAGGGGUCAGCGUGGACCACGCGGAGCAGCCCAUCGGCGCCGCAGCCACCAUGGCACACGAGAUCGGCCACAACUUCGGCCUGGUGCACGACAGCCCGGGCUGCUGCACCGAGGCCACCCCUGAGCAGGGCGGCUGCGUCAUGGCCGCCGCCACCGGGCACCCCUUCCCGCGGGUGUUCAGCUCGUGCAGCAGGAGGCAGCUGGAGAGCUACUUCCAGAAGGGAGGGGGAAUGUGCCUCUUCAACCUGCCCGACACCAAGGACCUGGUGGUGGCACGCAAAUGUGGCAACGGCUUCCGUGAGGAGGGAGAGGACUGUGACUGCGGCGAGGUGGAGGAAUGCACCAACCCCUGCUGCAACGCUCACAACUGCACGCUCAAGGAGGGGGCCCAGUGUGCCCACGGUGACUGCUGCCACAGCUGCAAGCUGAAGGUGGCCGGGACUCUGUGCCGGGAGGCCGCUGGCUCCUGUGACCUGCCCGAGUUCUGCACGGGAGCGUCCCCGUACUGCCCUCCCAACGUGUACCUGCUGGACGGCUCCUCGUGCGCCCAGGGCCAGGCCUACUGCAGCAACGGCAUGUGCAUGACCCACCAGCAGCAGUGUGUGCAGCUCUGGGGGCCAGGAGCGUGGCCAGCCCCUGAUGCCUGCUUCCAGGACGUGAACAUGGCAGGGAACACCUACGGCAACUGCGGCAAGGACAGCCAGGGCCACUACGUCAAGUGUGACAAGAGGGAUGCCAUGUGUGGGAAGAUCCAGUGCCAGAGCUCUGCCAAGAAGCCACAGGGCACCAACACGGUGUCCAUCGACACCACCAUCCGCCUCAAGGGCCGCGAGGUCAAAUGCAGGGGCACCUUCGUCUACAGCGCCAAGGACGACCAGGAGGACCUGUCUGACCCAGGGCUGGUGCUGACGGGCACCAAGUGUGGGGAUGGCAUGGUGUGCAAGGACCGGCGGUGCCAGAACGCGUCCCUGUUUGAGCUGGAGAAGUGUGUGUCCCGCUGCCACGGCCACGGAGUGUGCAACAGCAACAAGAACUGUCACUGUGAGCCCGGCUGGGCCCCCCCGUUCUGCGAGAAGCCGGGGCUGGGGGGCAGCGUGGACAGCGGCCCCGUGCAGAACCAUGCCCACGAGUCCAUCCUGAUCGCCCUGGUGGUCAUCUCGCUGUUCCUGCUGCCCGCCCUGACGCUCAGCAUCUGCUACUGGUACCGGCAGGAGAACUCCCUGCUGGCCAGGUGGAUCCAGGAGAGCAGGGUCCGGGCCCACGGCGCCUGCAGCAGGAACAAGUCCGUGGGUCGGAAGUCGAGCAGUGCCCAUGCCAAAGCUGCUUUCACCCUGAGGAACAUUUCAGCCUCCAGCCACCCCUCUAAGCCUGGCUCUCGGAGCGCAUUCCUGCCCCGGCCUGGUGCUGCCCAGCCCGGCUCCCAGCCCAUCAACGUGGUGCACCCGCUUCGCCCAGCCCCCCUGGGCAUCCCCCCCCGGCCCAGGGACCCCCGACCCGCCCGGCCCCCGCCCCCGGCCGCCAAAUCCCCCCCGGGCCCCGCCAAGGCCGGCGGCGCCCCCCAGGCCAAGCUGCCGCCGCCCAGGAAACCUCUGCCCUGCAGCCCCGUCAGGAGCCCACAGGUGCCCCCCAAGCACGGAGCCCCGCGCCGGCCGCUGCCGGGCAGCCCCCUCCUGGCCAAGGAGCUGCCCCCUGCCCCCGGACAGACCCUGCUGGUCAUGGUCCCCCCCAGCAACCCCAGGGUGCCCAGCACCAGCACCUCCAGCUCUGCCACGAGGCCAAUAAAACCGAUGCCACCUCAAAGGCCAGUCCCAGCCAUCAAAGCUCAGUCAACCUCCUCCUCAAAGAAGUGACAGUCCCAGGACACGUGGGACA